AUGAGCGCCGGUUGUUCGCGAGGUGGUGCUACGCCAACCACCCUGUCACAGGCAGUGCGUGACAACAAUCUCGCAGUUGCAAGACAACUACUGCAAAAUGGGGCUGAUCCUAACGUAGACGCAGAGGAGAGCAGUUCGAAGCCACUCAUAGCAGCUACAGCAUCGGACAACAUGGAGAUGAUGCAGCUCCUCCUCGAGUACGGGGCGCGCACUUACUUCUGUGACCAUCAUGGCAACAUGACUGCUGUCGACCUGCUGUGCCGCUAUGACAGCACCGCCAAUUUGCAGAACAGGCGCCACCGAGCACCGAUCAUAGAAGGCCGCAGCCAUGGUCACCACGAUGUUGUGCAAUACCUGCUUCGUGCAGAGCACACUGAGGCUGCAUCCAAAGUGGACGAAAGUGGACAUACACGCGUUCAUACCACUACUACUACUACCACCACCACUGCUGCUACUCUCAUGGCAAGUAAUGCACGAUCUUUCAGCUCUAUUUGCCUCAUUCUGCAUGACAUGCUACUGCAACAAAUGUAUGCCAAUGCGUGA